AUGUACAUAUUUGAGGAGGAAAUACAGCGAGGUGCGACAGCGGAACCUGAAAUGGCAGCUGCGGCAGAGCAAAGCGUAGCUUUGUGUGCCUCGAAUUCCCGGAUUUCUAUCACAACCUACUGCACCGUUCUUGACAUCUUUCGGAAUCGCCUAUAUGAUAUCUGGCCCAUCGUUGAUGUCGAACAUAUGAAAGCGCAGUUACGAGCUCGCGAUAAUGACCCCACCACCUAUGCUUUAGCAGCAGCGCUGUGUGCUGCUACACUAGCACAGAUACGCCUAUGGCUCACGCCAGCCCCAUGUCCUGACAAUCUUUCUGUGACAGCAGAAGAUUUCGCGAAGGAGUGUCUUCGUAUUCGAUUGGAAACUUACCACCAUCAAGAGGCAUCGCUUCAGGCUCUUGUAACAUCCAUAUUUCUUCACAUGUACUACGCGAAUCGAGACCAGAUUACGCCCGCUACCAUAUCUCUUCGCGAGGCAAUCACCUACGCGGACUUGAUGCAUCUAUGUCAUACAUCACCGUCAGAUUCUACAAGAUCCAAGCAGUGGCAAAUGGAGCUUCGAUGCUACUGGAUUCUCUUCGUUACUGAAAGAACGUUUUGCAUCCAACACGAUCUUCCCAUUACUCUGAAUAGAACACCUAACCUACCCGAAAUCGAACGAAAUACAUCGCAAGGCGACCUUUAUGCAGGAUUUUGUGCGCUUGUUCAACUAUUCCUCCACGUUCAACGCCCUCUCGUUCUUCCUGCCUCCUCAGGCAAAGCCAUCGAGGCAUCGGAGAUGUACUCGAAAACCAAUAUAUCAGACAUUCAGCGACGCAUUCAAGUGGACCGGCCCAGACUCGACCUCACAUCUGAGAUUCAAUUUAUUGAUAUUCUCACCACAUCAGCCUGGGUCCGCUCUUUGCUAUGGCAAUACUCUGCUUCUCGCUUCAUGCUCUCAUCAUCCACUUCCAUUGAGCCUUUAUCUUUUGACUACCCGCUUGCCAUUGCCAAGGAUUAUUUGGAAUCUCUUUCACAGGUCUCGAUUGAGUCCAUGCGGAGCCAUGGGUACGGUAUGGAAAUCAAGCUUCUUCAAAUCGCAAACUCCGUUCUUGACGUCGUGCUUUGUAUGCCAAAAUUCCUCAACCACCAGACUUGCCACAUCGGGCCUUUAGAUGCUGUCAUUACGAUUGAACAUCUUUUGUCUCAGGUCGGAGGGGUCAAAUCCGAUAGACUUUCUGUUCUCCAUCAGCGCUUGUCACAAAUGCCUUCUUCAAUUACGAUGCCUCUUAUGCUGGAAUAUCCCGAAGAAGAGAUGCUGUGUGAAUCUACCACAGAGCCGCAGUGUUAA